CCCAAAGCCAAAGGCCCGAUACAAUAUAAAACCUAUCAACUCUCAUCCGCACAGCACUACCAAUCAGCGAGAGAGACAAGAAAAUACAAGGAAGAAAAUGAAGGCUAUCGACGACAAGAAGGACAAGGUGGUGAUAAGGGCGGUGUCCCGGGAUGAGGAAGGGAAGAAAAGAGUGGAGAAGAUGGAGCUAAACACCCGCAACAUCGACACCAUCAAGUACGUGGAAAAAAAGCUGAUGGACAAGGGUGUGCAGCGCAUGGAUAGGCACCCAGUUGAUGGAUUAGGCGGGAUAGGGAAACCGCCGCCGAAGUCAGGACACGGUGGGAAGUACACGUGGGAAGGGCCUGAUGACCUGGCGGAGAACGAGCUGGAUGCUGCACCACCGGCAAUUGAUGAGAAGGAUCCCAACUAUGUAGAUGAGGAGCUGGAGGAGAAGAUUGUGAAAGGAGAAGAGGGUGAUGGGCUGGUCAUUGGCGAGGUGGAGGUGGCUAAGGAGGCCAAGGAGGGCGUGGCUAGAGUUGAGAUUGAUCCUAACUUAAAGCUUUAAAUGUGAAUUUGUACUUUAUUUUUGUUGGGUUCUGUUUAAUUUUCGUUUUGGUUUUACGUGACGUACAUGAGAAGUGGAUUGUAGUUGAGGAGACAAUUAACUAAACUUUCUAUUACAUUGAUUUCUCUCA